AUGACAGUCGACUCUGAAAUAUUUAUGCCUAAAAGCAAAGCGCCAAAAAUGGAUGACCUGGACUACAUCCCAGUAGACCUGAGCCCAGAGGAGCGCUCUGAGCUAGAGGACAUCCGCAGGAGGAAGGGUGCCCUGCUGCAGGAGAUCCAGAGGCUCCGGGAGGAAUUACGAGAGGCCAUUUUAGAGGUGGAGGGUCUGGAAACAAGCACGGAGGGCAGUAAAACUCUACAGAAAAGUCGGCAUGUGGCAAUGGGAAGGAAGAAAUUCAACAUGGACCCAAAAAAGGGCAUAGUGUUUCUAGUGGAGAAUGAGUUGCUCAGACACACCCCCGAGGACAUCGCUCAGUUCCUCUACAAGGGAGAGGGACUCAACAAGACCGCUAUAGGAGAUUAUCUUGGAGAAAGGGAUGACUUCAACAUUAAAGUUCUUCAGGCUUUCGUUGACCUCCAUGAGUUCACCGAUCUCAACCUUGUCCAGGCCCUCAGACAAUUCCUAUGGAGUUUCCGUUUGCCUGGCGAAGCCCAGAAGAUAGACCGAAUGAUGGAGGCCUUUGCUCAGAGAUACUGCCACUGCAAUCCUGGCGUCUUCCAGAGCACUGACACGUGUUAUGUGCUGUCAUUUGCCAUCAUUAUGUUGAACACCAGCCUCCAUAACCCCAAUGUGCGGGACAAGCCUGGAGUGGACCGCUUCAUCUCAAUGAACAGAGGCAUCAACGAGGGAGGAGACCUGCCAGAGGAGCUGCUCAGAAAUCUGUAUGAAAGCAUUAAAAACGAGCCCUUCAAGAUCCCCGAGGAUGAUGGUAAUGACCUGACACACACCUUCUUCAACCCUGACAGAGAGGGCUGGCUUCUCAAACUAGGGGGACGGGUGAAGACCUGGAAACGGCGAUGGUUCAUCCUUACAGACAACUGCCUGUAUUACUUUGAAUACACCACAGAUAAGGAACCGCGAGGUAUCAUUCCCUUGGAGAACCUUAGCAUCCGUGAGGUGGAGGAUCCAAGGAAACCGAACUGCUUUGAGCUGUACAUCCCCAACAACCGCGGUCAGCUGAUUAAGGCGUGUAAGACGGAGGCGGACGGGAGAGUGGUGGAGGGGAACCAUAUGGUCUACCGUAUCUCAGCCCCCACCCCUGAGGAGAAGGACGAGUGGAUCCACAGCAUUAAUUCUGCUGUCAGUGUGGAUCCUUUCUAUGAAAUGCUUGCUGCAAGGAAGAAACGUAUAUCCCUGAAGAAGAAAGAGGAGCAACCAUAGAUGAUGCCCUUUAUUCUAUUUCCCUUCUUUGUCCCUCUCAUCUCUUAUUCUAACAUGGGGCAUGCUUUUGUUUUUUUGUUCAUUUGUUUUCUUUUUCUUUUCUUUUUUUUUUUUAAUCCAUACCUCUACCUACCUAUUCAUAGAUUUCGUCGCCCCACAUUCCUCCUUCCUCCUUGAUGUGAGGACUCGUUGCUAUCUUGUCUGUAAGACUUUUGAAAGGCACAUUCAGAGUGAAGAACUCAUCCACUGUGGCUGCCUCUACUACCUUGGUUCUAACACUACUGCUGUGAUAUUCAACACGACACACUACGGCCAGAGCACACCGUCCCGUCUUCUCACAACAUUCCUCUCUUGUUUGACAUCGAGGUGAACUGUGAAAUCUGUCCUGUUCAGGGUAGCAAGCAGCUCCGGUUCUCUUGAAAACUUCCACAUUUAUAGAUGGCAUCUCAGUUGUCCAGAGAAGUCGCCUUUCUUCAUUGUGCUUUCCCGGGAUAAAAUGUGAAAUCGCCAUUCAUUUACUUUCAGUUGGUGUAGUUAAGAGAGCUGAGGAAGCCGUGGAAGUAAACGAGACAAAGUGGCAGUUAACUUUAGAUUAUUGAGAUGUGCCCAUUCUUAUUGUACUCUUAAUAGCUUUGCUACAGGUUAGUAUAUCUACACUGGCAUUAUAAAAGUCACGCUUAGAUACUGUAAGCAUUCAGUGAGGAAAAUGUCACUGUUCAUUGCUGUUCAUGUAUAGAGAAAACUUGUAUAGCCUCGUUACUGUUGGUCUUAACUCAAAUGCGGCCUGCUUUGAAGGCAAAUUAUGGUUGCCAUAUUUGCAAAACAAGUGGACACAACAAUAAGCAAGUUUUCACUUUGGAAAUACAGUAGCUGCUUAUUGGCCUCCGGAGACAAUUUUUUUUAUAACAUGUAUAAGCAACAGGGCAGAAUACAGACUACUAUGGUACAAGUAUGGAGGCUUGUUGUAAUGCCUUUUUAAUAACACUAGUGAGCAAUGAGUUACCCUUAUGUCCUCUCACAUUCAGUGCUAUGGCGUGCCACAGAUGAUUUUCUUCUUGCUCAAUAUGAACACUGCUGUGCGAACACCGACAUCUUUCUCACUAGUAAUAACUCUCAGACAUGUAACUGUUAAAACCCAGGUCUAUACGCUAUACUGAGUUCCAAGACGUUACAAUGGCAGCUUAUAAUGUAUACUUUUUUGUAAAUAGAUGUUAGAAUAUUUGUUUACGAUACACAUAGAAAUGAUUUAAUUUAUUCUUUAUUUUUUUUGUUAAAAUCAGGUUUUUUUUGUACGAGCUACUGUAGAACUGCAUGUUGAGGACUCGAGGCAUUGGUUGUAGGUACUGAUGAACCAUUGAUACAUGCGAGUAUUUGGGUGCAUUGGUUUGAGAAACGUUAGUGUUCCCUGUUGAAUCAAGAAAAAAUUGUGGGUUCAUUUUCACAAAUGAAUAGUUUUGGGGGAAAAUUCAUCUAAUUCGUAUUAUCCUGUAUAAUUUCAUGUACUUCUGGGGAGUGCGAGAAUGUUUUAUAAGUGGGUAAGGGAAGUUUUGUAGUCUGAUUUAAUGCUGAUAUUACACUGUUUACACUGAGUGAAUCAUAUUCAGAAAAGUGCAAGCAGUGAAUGGUCUUUGAAGUGGCAUCCUCUCUGUUUCCUGGACUGCUCAGUGUCCCAAGAAGUGAAAGGAAGCUGUUCACAAUAGGUGACUGGGAAAAUUUGCAUCAUGUGCGACAAGCUAAAACCAGGGGAUUUCUCCUGGUGACUAAAUUGAAAAGACAAGAAAACAAGGAACACUAAUAAAUCUUUCAUUCAUUAUGUAAUAGUUAAAUUAUUCAGAUGUAAUGAAUCAGUAACAAUGUUAGAUUUGUGUCCAUGGGUACACUUGCCUGACUUACCCCAUAGAUAUUUAAUCAUUUUGCAGUAGUUUGUUAUUGAAUCUGCAUUUUUAGAUGUUAGGAAGGAUCCAGCGCUACAAUAAUUGUCUACAGCACUUUAUCAAUUUUAGCAUUUUGAAGAUGUUAUCAAAUGCUGUUAUGUUGACUGACCAUACUCACUCUUUAGCACCAUCUGCUGGUGAUCAAACAACACUGCAACAUGCUCAAGGGGUGCACACAGGAUUGUCAAGUAUUGCUGACACCUUGACAAUUCUGGCUAUAUUCUGGCCAACAUACUGUAUUUAAGCUUCAUGUGCACUCCUGUUGAAGAUCAUUUUGCAUGAAGGUGACUAUUUUUUCUCUCUCUGUGAUCACAAGAGGCAAAACUUGUGUUUGUGUUUUUAGGACACAGCAGACGAUUGGUCCUUGAAGCACAGAUGUAGAAUUGCCUUUUACUCCCUUGUUGCUUUCCAGCAGCAUCAAACUGACAAGAUCCUUAAUAUAUUUAUUACUAUAGUUGUGAACAAGUGCUGAAACACUGCUUCUGCACAUCACACACACGUACACUCUGGGUAUUCUUGAAGUGCAAAGUUGCCAAAAAAAAAAAUAAAAUGUUGGGACAUCAAAUGUUUUCACUUAGCAAGAAGUGACCACUGAAAUGAUCAGACACAGGACUGAAACCGGGCCUAUAUUUGUGACUCCGUGACCCCACAACAGCCUCUUUCAGAAAAUGUGUUUAUUUUGUAUUUAUUUAUUUUUUAUUUACUGCAAGGUGAAGAUGGACAGAUCAUCUGUAAAUGUAGCAAAACAAACCACGGUACAUUGGUGCCAGUAAACUACUGUGUAACAAUAAAAAGUGAACUGAGAUGAUG